CAGGAAGGAGAUUCCCUACCUUGGCUACGUCGUCCUCCAGUGACCCCUGCUGGCGUGGAUCACCGCCACCAUGGCUCUCUUCACCUUCACCAUCUCCUUCUUGGCAAUGCUUAGCGUGACAGCUGGUCUGAGCGUGGGGCCCAUACAGCUGGCUAGCAACAACAGUUACAUCUCAUACAAGAAUGGGAACUCGGGAAAUAACAGCAUUCUUGUGUGUCCUUAUACCCUCCUAACAAACGAAAGGGUCCAGUCGGUCUCCUGGAUUAUGUGGGACGACAACAACAUACUCGGCACCUACACAUGGUCUCCAACCUCGCCAGAAACAGUCGGUGGUGUUCUAAUGGGCGUAGUAAACAUGAGCCGUAGCGACGCAAACCUCCAACUGACGCAACUGACCUAUAACCUGACAGGUGACUACUCCUGUACAGUCACACUCACAACCGGCCAGAAUGCCAGCUCGCAACAAUGGGAAGUCUUGAUAAUUGAUAAGACAGAUGAUUCUAUAAGUACCAUAGAAUCUUACAACCAGUCGCAGUGUUCAUUCAACACCUCUGUCAACUUUUUUGCUGUGUUUCCGGAGCCUACCGUCCAAGCUGGAUUGUAUUCUGAGGGAAUUGAAGGUUAUGUCAGCAAGGUCUCCAAAACCCAGUGGGUUAGAACUGUCUACCAGAACAAGUCUGUUAGUUAUUCCUACAGUGGCGUAGUCUUCAAGAUUGACCAGAACGUUCCAUAUGAUGCAGUAUUUCUCGUCUCUGUCGGUGUUACUAAGUCAGACGGUACCUACAUUUCUCUCGCCUCCGUCGAGAGCAUCAACCCCAGCUGGGACAACAUCCCGGGUUGCACUCCCCUGUAUGACGUACCAAACCAGGAGGAAGUUUAUGAGACUGGCAAGUUAGCCUGUCGCAACGAGUACAUCCCAGACCCUGACAUUCCAAAGGCUGGAUUUGAGAAGAACCUACCCAGUAUGGGCCAAUAG